AAGACGCUUACUUUCCCGAUGUUUACUUCUUUAUAAGGACACGAUGAUUUCUUGUAGGAUUUUGUGUUUUCUUUCAAGUAUUUUGGUCAUCCUUAAUUCAAGAGUAGUCAGUCAGGAUGUCAAUCAAAUUAUCCUGAAAGAUGGACAGUUUAAGAAUAUACUUGUAGCAAUCCACGAAGGAGUUGAAGAAAACCUUACCAUUAUCGAUAACAUCAAGAAUAUGUUUAAAAGUGGCUCGCCUGUUCUCUUCAGUGCAACCGAGUUCAGAGCUUUUUGGAAAGAAAUACUCAUCCUAGUCCCAAGGUCUUGGACUAGAAAACCGUUCUACGAGAUAGCCCAGUCCCAGUCUUACAAUCGGGCCAAUGUUCGGAUACACUUUGGUGACGAGUCUACUGAUCCCAAGGUUGUGAACCAUUUGAGUUGCGGAAAGGAAGGGAAUAAUCUGGCAAUGACAACGGGAUAUGUACAGAGUGGCACAUGCCACAAAAUGGACAUAGUCCGUAAUUGGGCCAGAUUAAGAUGGAGUUUGAUGCCUGAGCACUAUACUGGUGAUGAUUCGUCUGAGCCAAAUUACAUUCAUAACGGUAAAUGCGAAGGGACAAGAUGUUCUCGAGAUCUCUCUGGUAUACUCGCUGACCGAGAUGCAGAGGUUUGUCAAAAAAAUCAUGAAGGCAAAUGCCCCGAGGACUGCACCUUUCAGGAUGUUCGUUGCCCAGACGGUUCAUGUUCAUCGCUACUUUUUGGUUCACAUUGUGAAGAAAAGAUAAUGAAAUUCUGCAACAAAAAGGAUCACAACCUUCAAGCCCCCAACCUUCAGAACAAAAAAUGUGGAAAAAGCGCAUGGGAGGUGUUGUACGACAGUGAAGAUUUUCAAAACGAGAAUAAUCCGUCCAUGCCCCCCGGCACCAAUACUGAACCAUCCUUCAGGAUUCUCCAGCCUCCUAGCACGAGACGAGUUGUACUGGUUCUUGAUAUAAGUGGAAGCAUGAAUAUUGAAAACCGUUUCAACAAGCUGAUACAGGCGGCAACGAUCUUUAUCAUGGACCUUGUACCAGCUGGAAGUGAAGUAGGCCUGGUUUCGUUUCAUUCUUACGCUGAAUCGCAUGCAGAUCUUCGGGAGAUAAGAGACGGUGAUAGUUCAAGAGAAGACCUGGUGAAACUUCUUCCUUCUUCUACUGGCGGGUCCACCUGCAUUGGUUGUGGGAUAAUUGAAGCUAUAGACAUGCUCGUAAACUUCGGAGGAGGCUCAUUUGGCAACUAUAUUUUCUUACUGAGUGACGGGGAAGAGAACGUUCAUCCAUACAUUGAUGAUAUUCUCCAAGAUAUCAAAGCGGCUGGUGUCGUGAUUGAUACCCUCGCCAUCGCUCAGCAAGCUGAUGAUCAGAUGGAAGAUUUAGCUCUUAACAUUACUGGUGGACACCCAUUCUUCUGUAAUGAUCUCAGAAGCAGCGCAUGUGUGACUGAGGCUUUACUGUGGACGAUCGUUGAAAGACCUCAUCUUAACAUCGCCCAAACGCCAAACGUGGUAAUGAUUGACGAUUUCGAGGUACCAAGCCAAUAUGAUUCUCCAAUAACGACAGUGUUAAUCGAUGCAGAGGGAGGCAACGACACCAUGGUGGCUGUAACAUGGCUUGAUUUUUUGGAUAUGAAAGUUAUACUUGAAGGACCAAACGGCGAACUUAUCGACCGCUUACAUUAUUCGUACACCGUUGAUGAUACUACAGGAAUAAUCACAAUCCGAAUACCUUUAGCCUCGCCUGGUAACUGGACCAUAAAAAUGAUCCAUCAACAAGUGUCCAAUGAAACUGUCGGAUUGACUGUAACCACCAAACCAAGACAGAAAGACGCCGAGACAGUGGACGCUCAUGUCAUCUUGAGCGCAAGGAGUAUAGAUUUCACAAAGGAUCCUAAGCUUGGGAUAUAUGCAAUCGUUAAAAAGGGACACAGUGUCGUUAAGCACGCCGAUGUUGAAGCUGUCGUAGAAAAUACGUUAGGUUCUAUCACGACAACGAUUGCCCUAAAGGAUCAUGGAACAGGAUCGGAUUUCAUGGAGGGUGACGGAGUAUAUUCAGGAUUUUUCCUAGACUUCGACGAUAAUGGCAGAUACAGCGUUACUGUGAAUGUUCUUGGUACAAGCCCUAAAGUGCCUUAUUCGACCAGAAAACGACGGGCCGUUACUCCAACUCCACGAUCUGAUUCAUAUCCAUUCAUGAGAUCAGCAUCAGGUGGGGUGUUCGUUGUGGAUAACUUCACCCCAAAUGCUCCGGAUAUCUUAUCUCCAUCUCGUAUCCAAGAUCUUGCAUAUUCUUCAUUCUCCUAUGAGAAUGCAUCGGUCGUUCUCACUUGGACGGCUGUGGGAGAUGAUCUGGACCAAGGAACAGCAUCUGAGUAUGAGCUGAGGUAUUCCAACGACAUCGAUUUUCUGAGGUCAAACUUUACUGAAAGUCCACUGGUUAUCGAACAACAGAUCCUCGAUGGAAACCUGUCUUGGAUAUCUCCCGCUGGUCACUCAGAGAUAUUGACAAUCCUCCUUCCUGUCCUAACGGGCAAUCUCAAUUAUUACUUUUCUAUCCGAGCUUUGGAUGGAGCAGGCAACAAAGGAGCAAUAUCCAAUAUUGUUUCCGUGCCGAUCAUAGAACCACUUCUUGUUACCCCAUCAGUCCCUUUUACGAAUUAUACUGACAGUACCACUAUCACAGCACCGUCCACAGAGAGGACUCCUUCUCAAAUGUUUUCUGAUAUCUCAACUGAUGAGCUAUCAACGUCCUUACCUGGGAACACUGAUUACACGAGCGAGGGUCUUUGGACAACCGAUGCAAUGACUGGGCCAGCGACAAGCCCGGUUACUAGGAACAAGUCCUUAGUCACGACUGAUAACACAACCUCCAUUCCUGUUUCGACAUAUCCUGCAAACUCUUCCGUUUCAGGUACAGUUCAAGUUGAAACUCAGGAACCAAAGACAUCAGUUGAACGGAGUACCUUAUCCUGGACUACAAACACUAGGACCACAACCGACAAUGAUUCCUUAAACACGACACAAAAGACCACUUCCACACAUAAUUAUACAGAUCUUCCUACCAGAAGUGCACACUCGUCCGUUUCAGGUACAAUUCAAGUUGAAACUAGGAAGCCAAAAACAUCGCUAGAAAGUGGUACUCAAUCUCAUUCCGUGUCAACAAUGUCUAAGCAUCCCAUAACUGUCACGACUGAUAACACAACCUCCAUUCCUGUUUCGACAUAUCCUGCAAAUAGAGGUACAUACUCUUCCGUUUCAGGUACAGUUCAAGUUGAAACUCAGGAACCAAAGACAUCAGUUGAACGGAGUACCUUAUCCUGGACUACAAACACUAGGACCACAACCGACAAUGAUUCCUUAAACACGACACAAAAGACCACUUCCACACCUAAUUCUACAGAUCUUCCUACAAGAAGUGCACACUCGUCCGUUUCAGGUACAAUUCAAGUUGAAACUAGGAAGCCUAAAACAUCGCUAGAAAGUGGUACUCAGUCUCAUUCCGUGUCAACAAUGUCUAAGCAUCCCAUAACUGCCAGCACUUCUCUUGCAGAUGUAUCCUCGACCAAUUACCUCUUAAGUACGUCCAAUCCUAGUCACACGGAGCCACGAGUGAAAACAGAUAGCACCCUAUCUUCAACAGAAGGACGUGAAGGGUCGUACCCAACAGAUCCAGUCGUUGGAGAAACACCGGACCCGACAGUAGUUGAUACAGAAAGCACUUUGCUAACGUCAACGAAAGGAUACGAAGUACCAGACACAACCGAACGUCAGGAAACUGACAAUCCGGCAGACCAUGGCCCCGCCCUCGCCAUUAGCAUGACCAUUAUCCUGGUGGCUUUUGGUGGUACCCUUGGUGCAGCAUUUGGGGUUGCCUAUUAUAAGAAGAAACAAGCCAGGAUAAGACCCAGAGAUGAUGCCGCAGACAGCUACCAAUCUGAAAAUAACAACUCUCUUGAAUUCCUGAAUAAUGAUAAUUCGUCCGAAUAUUCCCAAGCAUAAAAUGUUUGUAAUUGCAUUCAUUUACCUCUUUUCAUAUUUCGAACAAUAAUGGUAUUUCUAAAAGAAGAAGGAGGAGGAGAAGAAGAAGCAACAGCAGUAGCAGAAGAAGAACGAACGAACAAUAAGAAAAAAAGAUAUAAAAAGGAAGAAAAAGACAAGGAAAUGUGUUGUAGCAUUAAGUAAGAAAUCACAAUAUUAGGGGAGUAAGAAUAAGGGCGACAAAGAAGUGGAAUACAAUACGGACCAUGAUUACAGCAAUGAAGUUUUUAACUAAUAUCGUUUUAUUUGCUGUAGCCUGAUUAUUUGCUAUAAUGUACAGAUAUAUAUUCGCAAGUAACUUAAAAAGAGAAAGAAAUUUGAAAAUCAUAACCAAAGAAAUCACAAUUUUGAAAACAAUGUGUAUAACUAUAUCCACUAGUAUAUUACCCGAUAGGGAAUAAAUAACAUAGGGCCUAUAUUAUAUUCAAUUAAUCAUUAAUAAAUAGAGAAAGGAAAGGGAAAGACAAUGAGAAUAUAGAUUAAGAAAGAUAUUAAACGUAAUAAAUCAUAUCAACGGCACCACCGGCACGCCGUUGCAAUUUAAUCUGUAGGCCUACUGACCGCACAGAAAC